AUCAACAACAGCCAGUCAGACACCUCGGGAGUUUUCUUGCCGAAACAGAACCGAAACAUUAGAGCUCUUGAGACGCUUUCAGUGUAUAUUAUUCACUGUGUUUCAAAACAAAUUUCGGUCGUAUAGAUAGUUACCCCCCCUCCAUUUAAUUUAAUAUGUACGAUACUAAUCAGCAAGCUGAAUAGCUAAAGUAGCCUAGCACUAGGCUAGUCGCACAUGUUAACUCGCUAUUUUAUUUAUUUCACCAGGUAGUUAGCUAACAUCCCCGAACAUGAGCUCACUAAACUUCUCUCCUCCUGUUAAAGACGAGGAGGAUGUCUGCUGGACGGAGAAAGAGGGUCUGUGGCUGAACCAUGUCGUGAAAGAGGAGGAGGAAGAGGAGGCUGUUACAAUACAAAAACAGGUAGAGGGUGAGACUGUUGCCGUGAAAGAGGAAGAGAAAGACGUUUCAGUUAAAGAAGAGGAAUACGAGUUCAGAGUGGAAGAGGAGCAUGUUGCGGUAAAAGAAGAGGAGAUGGAAGUUACAGUGAAAGAAGAGGAAGACGAGUUCAGAGUGAUAAAGGAGGAGGAGGAGGAUGUUACUGAGGAGGAAGAGGAAGUGGAGUUCAGAGAGACAGAGGAGGAGGAGGAUGUUACUGAAGAGGAAGAGGAGUUCAGAGUGACAGAGGAGGAGGAGGUUACUGAGGAGGAAGAGGAAGUGGAUGCACCAUUGAGAGCAUCCUGUCCAGCUGUAUCACAGCUUGGUACGGCAACGGCACCGCCCACAACUGCCAGAGGGUGGCGCGGUCUGCCCAACGCUUCACCGGGGGCAAACUACCUGCCCUCCAGGACACCUACACCACCCGAUGUCACAGGAAGGCCAAAAAUAUCACCAAGGACAACAGCCACCCGAGACACUGUCUGUUCACCCCGCUAUCAUCCAGAACGCGAGGAUGCAGUGUUUGGAGUGAAGGAGGAGGAGGGAGAGAUAACUGAGAGAACUCCGGUGCGCUCUGCAAUGCGUUCCUGUCCGCUUUGCCCUAAGGUUGUGGUCGGCUUCAGUCAGCACCUGAGGCACACGCACAAUGUGAGGAACACGGAGGAGAGGAUCCUCCUUUGUAAUUGGCAGUCGGGCCGUGUCAAUAUCAGGCAGGAGCCGUGCCCAGUGACAGGAUGCUCCACCCAUGCCAGCCGGCUGGACCGGCACAUGGAGUCGCACACAGAGCUCAACAGAUCGCAGAGGAGGCGGGCUUUAGAAGAACUCAGGAGACGGCUGACCAUGGAGCGGCUGGCCACGUUGAGGGCGUCCAACCCUGUCGUCCCGCUCACCACCCAUUUGGAUAUUGUGGAGUGGGAAACAAAGCAGGAAGAGGAGGACGGCUCUUUAGAUUCACUGCUGUCUCCUUUGGAAGAGGAGGAGAAGGACGUGAGCUGCGGAGAUUAUUCCUGCCACUGCCAAGCGCCCAUCCUGAGGCUACGGAAAGCUUUGCAAGAGCGCGAUGAGGCCCUGACCAAGAGAAGUGCGGCCAUCCAAUCCGUUAGAGAGGACAACCUGAAGCUGACCUCAGAACUGAAUAGAGCGAGGAAGAUGUUUCAGCUACUGAAAAGGCAGAAGAAGACGAGUGUCAGGACGAGGUCGGGGAAGGCGAGGUCGGGGAAGGCGAGGUCAGCGAAGAGGUCCAGGUUUCAGACCGAGCCGUCUCGUCCUGCGUCAGACACAGAACAAGAGGAGAUACAGCAGGACCAAGUCGUGGGUUCAGGAGCCCAAGCAGAGGAGGCCACGGCGCCCGGAUCUAGCAGCCAAACUCCCUUCCCGGGCUCUGCUCUGAGUGUGUUUAUAGAGGGGUUCAGGAAGAUCUGUGAAGGCCCCAGUCCAAACAGUAAGCUGAAGCAAAAUUGUGCCACGAAGCUCAAGAGGGUGCAGCAAUUUUUGAAGUUCAUGGCGAAGGAUGAGAAAUAUCCAUCCACUCUCACUUUCCUGGCAGACCAGGACAACAUGAGGAGAUGGUUUCAGACCCUUCAGCAGAACAAGGCCGUCGCCACGGUCAACCACUACACCUCGACUAUUGGUGCAUUUCUCCAAUACUCCGAGGAGACCCCUCCGCCUGGCUGCCGGCUGACCAAGAACCACUGGAAGGAGAUCAACAGGGCAAUGAAGGAGAUCAACAAGUCCGUGAAAGGAGCCACCUCGAACAAGGAAGGCAAGGGGGUGUCUACAAAGAGCCUGCUGGAGUGCCAGUCUCUUGCCAAGGACAAGAUCCCCCAAGUGCUGAAAACCUUGGAAGAAACAAUGACACAGAGGAACCAGAACCGGUUUUACGGAUUCCUGUGUGCCUAUUUCACCUCCAUGUACGGCCACAGCCCGGGCCUUUAUAGAAACAUGAUGGUGAAGGAGGUAGAGGAGGUCCAGCGUGGCCUCUCUGGGACCUGUCUGAUCAACGUGGGAAACGCAAAACAAAUGCAAACCAGGAUCCAGAUGUCGCUGACCAAAGAGGAGUACUCUUGGUUUUCAGACUUCCUGAAAUUCAAGCACUGCCUGCCAGGGGGAAAGAAAGCCCAGUACUUCUUUUUCAAUUCCACCAACACUGAGAUCAAGAACCUGCCCGUCUACCUGAGGGAGGCGUGGAAGGAGAUGGGCCUGCCUGGAAGCCCUUCCUUCACUGACCUGCGGACUUCCAUCUUCAGUCAUGUUAAAAACGUCCUCCCGAAUGCCGACGGGGAAACGUUGUCCAACCUCAUGUGCCGCGGCAGCCGGAUGGAAGCCAAACGUUACGCGAUGAAUCCUUCCCAAGCCGGUGAAACCAGCGCCUUCCUUGAGGCGGCGUUGAAGAGAGAAGAUAACGCACCACGGGCGCGGCAGAGAACCAGCCAUCCACCUCCAGAAAGAGGAAGACGAGAGAGCACGUCUCCGAGCGGAGCACCACCCCUGAAGAGACCAAGGUACAGUACUAGGAGUCUGGCACGUCCCCCGGGGAGGAGGAGCAGGAACGGACGGCCAGACAGACUCUAGGAACAUAAGAUAUUCAGAGACAACGCAUUAGGUUACACUUGUACACCGUUUAACACUCAGGAACAAACAGAUACUCGGGCAUGGUGGUCUCCUCCAACUGAUUGUCGCUGCUCGCCUCCCACUGUGUCAGGUCAUGAAGCAGCUGAGGUCCAUUUAAAGCCCCAAACAGACUCCAGGAGAAAGAAGGAUGAGGGGGGGUUGACCUCUGACAGUCAGGUGGAAGAGGGGGGGUUGACCUCUGACAGUCAGGUGGAAGAGGGGGGUUGACCUCUGACAGUCAGGUGGAAGAGGGGGGUUGACCUCUGACAGUCAGGUGGAAGAGGGGGAGCUGUCUUCUGACAGUCAGGUGGAAGGGGGGUUGACCUCUGACAGUCAGGUGGAAGGAGGGGAGCUGUUUUCUGAGGAAUGUUCGACAUUCUCACACCACUCAGACACACCACUCAGACACACCACACUCAGACACACCACUCAGACACACCACUCAGACACACCACUCAGACACACCACUCAGACACACCACUCAGACACACCACUCAGACACACCACUCAGACACACCACUCAGACACACCACUCAGACACACCACACAGACACACCACUCAGACACCACUCAGACACACCACUCAGACACCACACUCAGACACACCACUCAGACACACCACUCAGACACACCACUCAGAUACACCACUCAGACACACCACUCAGACACACCACUCAGACACACCACUCAGACACACCACUCAGACACACCACUCAGACACACCACUCA